CUGAGAGAGAUGAUUGCGAAAGCAGAAUAAUAACAGACGAGAUCGCGAAUCAUAAAGAAACUAUCAAUGGUGACCUUAAUAAAAAUAAGUUGACCAAAAAAUGUUCACGCUCAGUAAUAACUUCUUCAAAAGGAAGAGGUGUUAAAACUGUCAAGAAUAGGUCUAGGGCCGAGUCAUCUGAUAAUAGUCAGGUUGUAAAAAAAGUCAAAAGUGAAAUAGAUUCGGAAAAAGGAACUCAAUUAAUAAAG